AAAGAAACGGAGGUACACUGACAGCUGAAGACAUGAAAGAUCAUCUGACACAUCCUCCAAUACCUGUGCCUUCUGAUGCACUUAGUAUAGAUUUUCACGGUUUUAGAGUCUGGGAAAUGAGACCAAAUACCAUGGGACUAAUCGCCUUGGUUUCAUUAAAUGUUCUUAAAACGUACGAUCUAAAAGCUUUAGGUCAUAACUCUGCAGACUAUAUUCAUUUAAUAACUGAAUCUUUAAAGUACGCCUACCUGACGUGUUGGGAUUAUCUAUGUGAUCCAGAUUAUUGUUCAAAAUCUUGCGAUGAGUUGCUGUCACAGGAAACAGUCAAAAUAAUUAGGAAUAAAAUAAAUUACAACGG